AAAAUAUACAACCCUCGCAGAAAACGAAACUUCAUUUCUGCUCUUCACUUUCUCAUUUCCUCCACAAUGGACAGCUUCGUAGUUCCUCUAUCUCCGUCGAAUCGAAACGCGAAGCCGCAGCGGAGACCUAGAUGGAGAAGACUUCUAGUGGAACUCAAUGGCAAAUCGGAUCCUCGGUACCGCCGCGACUUAACUAGUCUACUCAUCAAAUCAUACUACGAGACCGGAGUAUUCGCUCAUUCGUAUCGUAUAGAUGGAGAGCCGUGUCCCACUCAUGUGAGUUGGUUCGUUAGUGGCGGUCAGGAGUUUAAUAACAUAUACAACUUGGGAAAACAUGGUGUUUCUUGUCUAGAGCUCGACUCCAAGGGAAUCUACCUAGCAUCGGCGACAAAAUUAGGAUGCUUAUCAGUUCAUGACUUUGACACAUUAUAUUGUCAGGCAACUACACCAAUACCAGACCUCAAGGAAGACGAGACAAAACAUGUUCUGCAUAUAAAUACAGGUCACCAAAUUGAUGUUGUUCGCUGGAAUAUUGCUAAUCAGGAUGAGGUUGCAUGUACCUCUAUGAGAAGCAGUGAAGUUUACAUAUUUGAUAUUGGUUACAUGUCUUCAGAACCAGUUAAAGUAUUAAGAAAAAGACCUUCUGUAUCUAUACAUGGCAGUGGUGUUCACAAAGGUUUAUCAGAUGUAGCUUUUACUUCACGUGAUGACUCCAGGGUACUUGCUUCAGAUACCCAUGGCGUGGUUAAUGUCUGGGAUAGAAGAUCGAGUGAACUUCCUUGUCUUGAACUCACCACUAACUCCAGUAGUCCUCUAAAUAGCAUCCAAUUGGAUGUGGAAGAGCAGAUAAUAUUUGGAGCUAGCAAGAAUGGGAUGAUAUAUAUGUGGGAUCUAAGAGGAGGAAGAUCGUCAGCAGCUUUUCAAAACCAUAGAGAGGCUUGUUAUUCUCCUAUAAUAUCUAUGAAGUUAGCAUCGAUGCUGGAUAGAAUUAAAUCCUUGAAGGCACAAACAAGUAUCGUUCCCAAAGAAAUUCACUCGAUUGACAUCAAUACAUGCUGCCCGUACCAGUUGGCCUUUCAUCUUGAUGAUGGUUGGUCAGGUGUUAUUAAUAUUACUAAUUUCCAGGUCACUCAUAUUCAUUGCCCUCCCCCAGCAUGGUUAGAUGGGUUAAGUGAUUCAGGGAAUCCAUUAUACUUCAGAAAACCAGCAUGGAUGUCAUCAUAUCCAAUAUACGCAGUUGGAUCAUCAUCCAGCAACGGAAUCAAUAUUUUAGAUUUCUUUCCAGACUCAAGCUCUCCUUGUCAUGUGGACUUUGAUGAUAAUAAAGACAAUGUUGAAGAAGCAAAUAUCCAGCAUAGGCAAAAUAAAUUUGUCCCAACAUCUGAAAGUGUUACAGCAUGUUCCAUUCACCCUCUUAACGGGACUAUUGUAGCUGGAACCAAGCAAUCGUCCAUAAUGAUGAUAUCUCAAAGGAGGCAGUCAUGCAAGGGAGAGGACCAUUAUGUUGCUGAGCAAAUAUAAAGUGGAAUUUUUAGAGUUCAUUUAAGUCCUAGAUUGAGGAUGUCCUGCAAGUUGUUCUCCAGCAUCUCAGGUGAUUUGCUGGCAGGUCUCAAAGGUGUUAGAACUGCUUGGAAGUUUGAUCUUUAGGAUUAUGCAGAAACGAGCUAAGGCACCGAGGUUGAAUGUCUUCGUAGGGGGUAGGCUUAGGGGUUUUAAUUUUCAUUAGCAUCAAGCUAUUCUCUUUCAGAACCAUGUGACCUUAAUAAGGGUGUGGAGCAGAUCAAAAUGCCCUGUUUGUAUGGUACAUUCUCCAAAAAUAGUGGUGUUGUGCAGGCAAAAAUGAAUAUAGUUUAUUAAUGUAGAUGACUUGCCUUGGGUGAUUUACUUCUUUUGUUAUUGUUUAGAUUGCUUCUUUUGAAAAAUAUAUGAUUUUUAAAUGUAAAAUGCAUUAUGUGGAGUCUGUAAAUAUGAUUUUGUAUCAUGCCCUGUUUCAUACUUGGAUUCGAGACUAUA